AUGGCUCCAAAAGAAACUAUAAUCGCUGCUGCAAGCUUAGCAUUCGGGGAAGCUGUCCCUGUUGUAAUAACCAAAACUUAUACCCAAAAUACCAUUGUUACUGUUGCAGCUUCCUACACUCAGAUUCAAAACAUUCCUGCUCCUUCGCCAACUACAGUGGAAAUCUCCAUAACUGCUGCUCCUGAUCCAACUGCUCAGUCUCAGAAUGGAGGUAAUUAUUGGAAUACUGAUAGCCUCAGAGACUACUAUAGGUCCCUUUUCGAAUCUUUGAGAAAGAAAUACCCUGAAUACUUCAAGGAUUUCACGUCAAAUGGUGACGAUAAAUCCAAAACUGUGGAUACUGAAGCAGCCGAUUGGAUUGUCUCUCAAGAAGAAGUAAAGACUCUCUCUGAAGCUACUGUUGUUCAGUCACCAAACCCUUCCCCUGUAUCAACUUCCGUUGCAACCGUUGUUAAAUCUACCACACCAAAAGCCAGUCCUUCUAGCACCUCAGUAGUACCAAAGCCUACUGGGGCCACAAGCAAGGCAGUUGUCCCAACUACUCAAAGCGUUCCACAGAAGCCAACUACUACUUCAAUACAGCCAGCUGCUACUAGUACUCCAGCUGCAUCCGAUGAUAGUGAAUUUGGAAAUGUCCGUGAUCUCGAUUUCGCAAAGAGAAUCUUAAAUAUCACCAAUGAAAAACGUGCAAUACAUGGCGUUCCACCAUUAAAAUGGGGUGCUGAUCCGUACAAUUUCGCUCAAUCAUACGCCGACCAAUACGUCUGUGGAUCUGGAUUGAAACAUUCAAACAGUAAAUUUGGUGAAAAUUUAGCUGUUGGCUAUCCAACGCCAGAAGCUGCUGUUGAAGCUUGGUAUGCCGAAAAUAAAGAUUAUAACUAUGCUGCUGGUACACCUUAUAGCCACUUUACUCAACUUGUUUGGAAGUCUACUACUCAUCUUGGAUGUGCUUAUAAACGUUGUGGUGAUAGUAGUUUAUAUAUUACUUGUAACUAUUCCCCAGCUGGUAAUGUUAUGGGUUCCUUCCAACAAAAUGUUUUCCCACCAGUUAAUUAG